GACAUUCACGAUGCCAGAACUUCCGCCCUUUGAACACACGCCCAUGGACGACAUCGCGACGACAUGCGCCACGGUGCGGACGACGUUCCUCUCGCACAAGACGCGCCCCGUCGAGUUCCGCAUCCAGCAGCUGCGCAAGCUGUACUGGGCAUUCAAAGACAAUGAAGCGCUCAUCACCGAGGCGUGCAAGCGCGACCUGGGCAAGUCGACGUUCGAGACGUACCUGGUCGAGAUUUCGUGGUGCAUGAACGACUGCAUCUGGAUGGCCAACAACCUGCCGCGCUUCGCAAAGGACGAGAAGCCGAGCGACAUUUCCUUCACCAACCGAUUCGUCGGGCCACGCAUUCGAAAAGACCCAUUGGGCACGGCCCUGAUUAUUGGAGCCUACAACUUCCCCAUCCAGCUGACGGUUGGGCCUCUCAUUGGCGCCAUUGCAGCCGGCUGCACCGCCAUCAUCAAGCCGUCCGAGUCGGCGCCCAAUGCUGCUGCCAUUCUGCAGAAGAUCAUUGGCGAGGCCCUCGACCCGUCCUGCUACCGAGUCGUCCAGGGCGCCAUCCCCGAGACGACGGCGCUGCUCGACCAGAAGUGGGACACCAUCUUCUACACGGGCUCCGAGGUGGUAGCCCGCAUCAUCGCAAAGAAGGCCGCCGAGACGCUCACGCCGCUGGUGCUGGAACUUGGUGGCAGGAACCCCGCCAUCAUCACCAAGCAUGCUGACCCCAAGCUGGCUGCGAAGCGCCUGUUGUGGGCAAAGACGCUGAACGCCGGCCAGGUCUGCGUCAGCCAGAACUGCACCUUCAUCGAUCGCGAGAUCGUCCCCGCCUUUAUCCGCGAAAUGAAGAAUGCCCUGGCCGAGUUCUACCCAGAGGGCGCACGCAAGUCACCCGACUACGGCCGCAUCGUCAACCAGAAGCAGUUCCAGCGCUUGAAGAAGAUGCUGGACGAGAGCCAUGGCAACAUCGUCGUCGGCGGCACCAUGGACGAGGACGAUCUCUUCAUCGAGCCCACCGUUGUCCAGGUCAACGACAUCAAUGACAGCAUGGUCAGAGACGAGAGCUUCGGGCCUCUACUCCCCAUCAUCGCCGUCACCGACCUCGACGAGGCCAUCAAGAUGGCCAACGAGAUCCACGACACGCCACUCGGCACCUACGCCUUCGGCAACAAGAAGGAGAUGGAGCGCAUUCUCAAUGAGACCCGCUCCGGCGGUGCCUCGCUCAACGACGGCUUCUUCCACGCGUCCAUUCCCACCUUGGCUUUUGGUGGUGUUGGAACCUCCGGCCAAGGCGCGUACCGUGGCAAAGCUUCCUUUGAUGUCUUCACACAUCGCCGCUCUGUAACGACAACACCGGCUUGGCUUGAGGGCCUUAUGGAUGUACGAUACCCCCCAUACACCGCAAAGAAGCUGAAGAAGUUCGCUGGCAUGAACGAGUUGAAGCCCAACUUUGACCGUGAAGGUCGCCCGCUCGGAUGGGGAAGUUGGUUCUUGGGAUUGCUGGGCUUGAAGGGCCUGGCGGUGCUCCUUGCGGCCAUUGGAAUCAGGCAGUACUUGCAGCGAAGAGCUAAGCUAUAGAACUUCGUGCAGAAGUAAUAUUGAACUCAAGUCAUUGCGCGAGGUCGAGCUAAUUCAAAUUCCCGUCGUUGCCUAUAUUCUGCGUCCGCACUCCGCAUCUCUCAAUCCUGCAUUGAUUUGAUCAACCACGCUCUCUUGUAAAUCAAUACUCUGGCGCCUGUACUCCGCGUAGGACAUGCCGUUACAAAUCCUCGUGAUCAUACCCUAUAACAGAGUCAGCUCA